AGGACUUACCUGUCAUUAUCCAAAGAUACAACACCCUUCCUGCAAUUUCAACCGUCGUCAUCUCCGUCACUCUUUUCCUCUCAACUACAAAACCCUCCAAAUCCUAUCUCCCUCCCUCACGCAAACACAGUCACUUCUGCUGAGAGAAGAACCGACAAUGGCGGCGUCAUGUGCAUCUCUGUCGAACAUCAGCUCGGUUUCAACUCCACGAUGCCUGUCUCCUGUCAAAAUUUCGACCUCACAUUGCUCCUUCGCGUCUCUCAAGCCUCCGAAAUGUGCAUUUUCUUCGCUGUCAUCAUCCAGCUCUCUCUCCGGUCUGACGUUACCGCGUUCUGCGAUUAGGAGCAGACGCGCCUCCAUGCCUUUCAGAGUCCGAGCUGUGGCUGAGGAAGCUGCAUUGCAAGCGAAAGUAACAAACAAAGUUUUCCUCGAUAUAAGCAUUGGAAACCCAGUAGGAAAGUUUGUGGGAAGAAUUGUAAUUGGCUUGUACGGUGAUGACGUGCCACAAACUGCAGAAAAUUUCCGUGCUUUGUGCACAGGUGAGAAAGGAUUUGGUUACAAGGGUUCAGCAUUCCACCGUGUUAUCAAGGAUUUCAUGAUUCAAGGAGGAGAUUUUGACAAAGGAAAUGGCACUGGUGGAAAAAGCAUCUAUGGGCGCACAUUCAAAGAUGAGAACUUUAACCUGGUUCAUUCUGGACCUGGAGUUCUUAGCAUGGCAAAUGCUGGCCCCAAUACCAAUGGUAGCCAAUUCUUCAUUUGUACUGUCAAGACAGCAUGGCUGGACCAGAGGCACGUCGUAUUUGGACAAGUUCUGGAGGGUAUGGAUGUUGUUAGGACGAUUGAAUCACAAGAAACCGAUAGAGGUGAUCGUCCGAGGCUGAGGGUUGUGAUAAGCGAUUGCGGUGAACUUCCCGUUGCUUAAGGUGGAGGAGUUAUGUGAUUUUAGGGCCAAUGAAUGAGGCUUUUUUGUGAUAGAGGACCGUAUAUCUCUACUGAGGCUUUGUCCAACGAUUUCGAAUUGCACUUGUCAUGUUAACUUUCCUAUAAUAAAUGAAAUUCAUUCUCCUAAAAA